AGAAAUGUCUCGUGCUCAGUUUGCUGGCGGAUGUAGUUGUCGGUAUAUCUUCCUCUAAUUUAAGCAGGUCUUCACUAUUUCUGGAAAGGAAAAAGUUGCCAUGGCGUCUUCUUUGCCCAUUAAGAUUGGAAUUAUUGGCGGUUCUGGUCUCGACGAUCCGGAUAUCUUGGAGGGAAGAAUGGAGCGAUAUGUUGAGACACCAUAUGGGAAGCCAUCAGAUGCCCUGAUACUGGGGAAGAUAAAAAAUGUGGACUGUGUGCUCCUUGCAAGACAUGGGAGACAGCACACCAUCAUGCCAUCAAAUGUGAACUACCAGGCCAACAUCUGGGCUCUCAGAGAAGAAGGCUGUACACAUCUGUUGGCCACCACGGCCUGCGGCUCACUCCGGGAAGAGAUUCAGCCAGGAGACAUUGUCAUCAUAGACCAGUUUAUUGACAGGACCACCAAGAGAGCUGAGACGCUGUAUGACGGUCAGCCCACAAGCCCACCGGGUGUUUGUCAUAUCCCCAUGGCUGAGCCUUUCUGCAACAGGACCAGAGAGGUUCUAGUGGAGGUGGCGCGCAGUCUGGGGAUCAAGUGCCACGUACGAGGGACCAUGCUGUCCAUCGAGGGACCUCGCUUCUCCUCGCGAGCAGAGAGCUUGAUGUUCCGCCAGUGGGGGGCUGACGUCAUCAAUAUGACCACCGUGCCAGAGGUGGUCCUAGCUAAAGAGGCUGGCUUGUGCUAUGCCAGCAUCGCCAUGGCAACAGACUACGACUGCUGGAAGGAACACGAGGAAGCAGUCUGUGUGGAUAACGUACUGAAAACAAUGAAAGAGAACGCCAACAAAGCGAGCAGCAUCUUGCUAACUGCAAUCCCACAGAUCAGUCAGAUGGACUGGACCCAGACGAUCAAGAACCUGAAA